AUGCUGCCGAGCCCUGUGGCCUCCACCCCCUUCUCGGUAGACGACAUUCUCAGGCUGGAGCACGAGCAGAACGACUCCAAGAUCCCGUCACGAUGGGAACUGCAUAGAAACCCAAUAAAGCCUCAGUACCUAAGAAUGAACCCAGAAUUCGGAGGGUCAGAGAGCAGCGACAGAGCACAAGCAGCCUCUUUUCGGUGCACCUGGGAGACAGUCCUGGAGAUGGACUCGAAUUCUGUGAAGGAGCCAGAGACUCCCCUGGGCGCGAUCUCCCCACUUGGAGCCGGGGACCUGAUGAUGGAACCCCGCGUGGGCAACCUAAGCGACAACGGGCGCCGAGGCGGCCCGGUUCCGACCAGGACGCGGCCACAGCGGAAGCCCCGCGUGCUGUUCUCACAGGCCCAAGUGCUGGCCCUGGAGCGGCGCUUCAAGCAGCAGCGAUACCUGUCUGCGCCGGAGCGUGAGCACUUGGCCAGCGUGCUGCAGCUCACGUCCACGCAGGUCAAGAUUUGGUUCCAAAACCGGCGCUACAAGUGUAAGAGGCAACGCCAGGACCAGACUCUGGAACUGGCGGGCCACCCGUUAGCACCGCGCCGGGUGGCAGUGCCCUUGCUGGUACUGGACGGCAAGCCCUACCUGGAUCCCGACAUUCCCGCAUUCCCGGGUCCCUACGGAGCCACCGCACCCUAUUCCUGCCUCGGCAGCUACACGAGCACUUCCUACGGUGGAAGUUUUGCGAGCCACUACACCGACGCCGGCCCCGGGCCACUCACACCAUUGGCCAGCUCUGGCUUCAGCCCAGGUGUCCAAAGUGUGGCCCCGCAGAGCCAUCUGUCCGCUACGCUACAGGGAGUUGCGGCUUGGUGAAAAGCCUGUGCUCGCCUACAGCCAUUAGGUGCCUAAUGCCUGGUCCCCUCCCCUUCCAGCUGGUCCGCUGCCUUACUCGGAACCGAACUGCCCGGAGGAGCAGACCCUGGAGACCUUGAGAACAUUCUUUCCCUCGGAGGUGUAACCCUGCUUUGGCUAGCCACAUAGAUGCCGCGCAGAGAGAAUAAAUAGCACAGCGGUGGUUGAUAGUUUGGAGGCAGGUGAUUCUGAAUACAAUCUCUUCUAAACCA